UUGCGCGCCAUUUUCUUUUUCUUUCCCCGCCUGUCAUUUUUGGUUAAGAAACCGUUCUCCCCAUUCCUAAGUUUAAUAGAGACUCGAAGAAGAAGAGGUUACUAUUUCCCACGUGUCUGUCGAUCCACCCAGUCCUUCGAUCGCCGAGCUCCUAGUCCGCAGUCGCCUCGUCCUACGCAUCCUAAUUCGAGAUUUCCCUCAUAUCUCACGAUUGUCGUCUCUCAACACCUGCGGUCUCCGACUGGAAUCGAAGAGCACAGUUGCCGUGUCAUGGAAAUAUCUUGAUGGUCUUCUGAUACUAUCGGUCAAUGGGAGGGUUAUACAUCAUGGGAAACCAACACGCCACUCGCGAAUUGUUGGGGUAUCUUCGCAUUGCGUCUCCAAUCGUCCUUCUCCUCGUCUUUGUGGCCUCUUUCAUUGCCAGCUCCGUUGUUACGGCCCGAAAUGCGAACAAGAACACCAAUGCCGUCCACACGGGGCCUGGGGGGAGACCACUCCCUAAGCGGUCAAGGAGCACGAUGACCGUCAUCAAGACACCCCAGAAGUUUUCCCGAAAUACGAAGCUGUUAUUCAAGUGGCUUUCCGUCGGGGUUCUUUUGACGAUUGCUGCGGACGGCGCCAUUAAUAUCGCCCAUGUCAUGAUUGCGAGAUCGGAGCAUUGGUGGUGUGGUCAAUCUGUCGUGAUCUACGUUGUGGGGUCAUUUUUCGACUACGCGAUUAUUCUCGUCUCGUUACUGGAUACCAAUCCGUCUCCGACUUUUGCCCAGUUCAUUCCAUGGCUAGCAGCAGUCCCGGUCGAGCUGAGUAUUCUAGGUUCCUCUCUUUCCAUCUAUGCUGGCGCACACCGUGAACCCGUGGUUGGGGAUCCUACUGGCGGCCGCCUGAGACAAGGUAUAACGCCAUGGGAGUUAACGGAGGUGAUUUUGAACUGCGUCAGGGUACUGUUUCUCAUGGCUAUGGUCACGGUAUAUAUGUUCAGUUCAAUCAACGUUAAUUCCAAGAGAGCCCAAGGUCACGUCAAUGGCGUCACUGAGUCCACGGGACUGCUCAGCGCCCACCAUGCAGAGAAUGGGAAUGCCUAUGGUUCAACUAACGGUCACGCGCAACCUUCCAAACCCGCCGACCCAUGGGUUCGCCCGACUACCGUUCCGUCAACCAGUUGGUGGGAGUAUCUCAGUGGCUAUUCGCUGUUCUUCCCCUAUCUAUGGCCGUCCAAGUCCCGCCAGCUACAAGUGGUCGUCGUCAUUUGUUUCGUACUGAUCGUCCUGCAACGGAUUGUCAAUGUCUUGGUCCCGUACCAGGCCGGUGUCAUCACCAACAUUCUCUCUAAAGGGGAUGGCGAGUUUCGGGUCCCGUGGUUCGACAUUUGCCUCUACAUCCUCUAUCGGUGGUUGCAGGGUAACCAGGGACUCAUUGGGUCUUUGCGCUCUAAUUUGUGGAUUCCUGUGAGCCAGUAUUCCUACAUGGAGCUGUCGACAGCGGCUUUCGAACACGUGCAUAGUCUCAGCCUCGAUUUCCACCUAGGGAAGAAGACGGGUGAGGUACUCUCUGCCCUGAGUAAGGGUAGUUCGAUCAACACGUUCCUCGAACAAGUCACCUUUCAGGUCGUCCCUAUGUUGGUUGACCUGUGCGUUGCGAUUGUCUUUUUCCUCGUCUUCCUGGAUGCUUACUAUGCCCUUGUUGUCACCAUCGUAACGUUCUGCUAUCUCUAUGUCACAGUGCGCAUGGCACAAUGGAGAGCCGAAAUCCGUCGAGAGAUGGUCAACAAAUCCCGGCAAGAAGAUGCCGUCAAGAACGAUUCAAUGGUCUCCUAUGAGACCGUGAAAUACUUUAACGCGGAAGACUAUGAGUUUGGCAGAUACCGAAAUGCUGUGUCCGAUUUCCAGAAGGCCGAAUACCACGUGCUCUUCUCCCUCAACCUUCUGAACACGUCACAGAACACCGUGUUUAUGCUAGGUUUGCUGAUUGCAUGCUUCAUUGCGGCUUAUCAGGUGUCCUUAGGACAGCGGGAUGUUGGCCAAUUUGUGUCGCUUCUCACGUACAUGGCCCAAUUACAGGGGCCUUUGAACUUCUUCGGUACCUUCUAUCGUUCCAUCCAGUCGGCCAUGAUCAAUUCCGAGCGAUUGUUGGAACUGUUCAGAGAACAGCCCACAGUGAUCGAUCGACCCAGUGCCAGGCCUCUGCCGGUCUGCAAGGGUGACAUCAUGUUCGAAAAUGUGGAGUUCUCGUACGACACCCGGAAACCCGCCUUGAAUGGGUUGACGUUCCGCUGCGAGCCAGGGACGACAACCGCUCUGGUGGGUGAAUCGGGCGGUGGCAAGUCUACUGUCUUCCGGUUACUCUUCCGGUUCUAUAACGCCUCGCGGGGCCGGAUUCGUGUAGAUGGGCACGACGUCGAAGGGAUUACUAUCGAUUCGCUUCGGAGACACAUCGGAGUUGUGCCACAGGACACUGUGCUCUUCAAUGAGACACUGAUGUACAACCUGAAAUAUGCCAAUCAGAACGCGACGGAUGAGGAAGUCUACGAAGCUUGCCGUGCUGCUAGCAUCCACGACAAGAUCAUGUCCUUCCCCGAUGGAUACAAUACCAAGGUUGGUGAGCGUGGUCUACGGCUUAGCGGAGGAGAAAAACAGCGGGUUGCCAUUGCUCGGACGAUUCUCAAGAACCCGCGGAUCAUUCUCUUGGAUGAAGCAACUGCUGCCCUAGACACAGAAACCGAGGAACACAUCCAAGGCGCGCUGUCUAGCCUCGCUCUUGGCCGUACCAUGCUUGUCAUUGCCCAUCGACUUAGUACGAUCACGACGGCGGACCGCAUCGUUGUCUUGCAUGAGGGACGAGUAGCCGAAAGUGGUACUCAUGAUCAAUUGCUGGCUAUGAAAGGCCGAUACGCGAGCAUGUGGCGUAAACAGAUUCGCGCCCAAAGAGCAGCCGCGGAAGCCCAAGUGCUUCAAGAUCGCGCUCAACGCUUGCGUAGUGCAUCCACAUCGGGUGCCGCCGAUGAUAGUUCCAGUCAGUCUGAUGAGGACCGGAAUGGCAAUGUCCACCCCGCCGGGGCCCGUCCAGGCUAUCCUACCAACAAGCCUGGCAACGAUGGUCGAAAAUGACAGGACAUGGCUCGGUGAGCAAUUAGUAUGUAUAGAGAGACAUCUACGGACGGAGACGUCCCUGCAUCCGCACCAAAUUUGUUGGAUGACGGAUGAGGUAGCGCAUUCUCGGGGUUUGACACAACAUCCAGGGACCAUUUCGAUUUUGAAUUUGCUGCUUAGGUGCACUUGCAUUGUAAGCCCUUCACGACUGCAUGACACAUGUUCACU